AUGUCCGACAACACAACUGAGCAGAUUGCCACACUUCAACUUCAGGCCGAGCUGGCGCGACUGCGACUCGAGCUGGCUGAGGUCAAGGCCGAGAACGCUCAACUCAGGCAAGCCGCUGCCCAGCAGAAGAACUCCCCCGCGGCUGCUGCCAUAGACCCCCACCACACGUUCAGCACCCACCCCAACCACCGCCACAUCGACCUCGACGUCACGCCCAAAGGGCUGGUGGUGACCAAGGCGCGCACCGAACGCCAGCAGGGGAACGUCUGGUCCACCAUUCUCUCCAGCCAGAGCUACGCCGCGGGCAAGCACUACCGGGAGUUCAAGCUGGCGAGCGCGCGCGGCUCCAACAUGAUGGUCCACAUCGCGGUCCAGCCAAAGGCCGUGGUGGAGGGCAACGCUAAGUCGCCGGCCUACUUCCUGCCGCGCUCAGACACCAGGCGGGCCAAGGGCGUCGAGGCGGCGAGCAAGUGGUACUACUUCAACCGCAUCGUGCACCCGACUGGCCUGGGCGCCUUCGGCGCGGGGGACCAGGUCGGUGUGCUGCUCGAUCUGUCGCCCUCGGCGGCCACGGCGGCGCUCGACAGCUCGCUGCCCCACGAGGUACUGGACCCGGAGGAGCAGCAGCGUGGCACAGUUACCUUCUCGGUCAACGGCAAGGCCGGCCUGGCGAUGCCCCUAGCGGGCGACUCCUACUACUUCUCCGUGUCACUCUUCUCCAAGGACGACUUCGUAGAGCUGCUGCCGACCCAGUGCUGGGACGAGUGA